UAGGAUUUGUGUAGAUCGGACGAUUUUGAAUGCGAUCGAAUUUGCCCUUACAAGUUAUAUUCCAUCGUGUGUUAUCCGGUCAAAUGAAGCCUAUCUCCCUCUGGAUAUAGAUAUAAAUAAGAUAUUUGUGUGCAGGCCUGUGCUAAAAUCCCAACCAAACCUGGCCAAUGUCAUCGGAUUGAUAUGGUUGUCCAGUUGGGCCGGAAGUCGCAAUGUUUCAUUUCAAUUCACAGCCGCGGUAGUGUGAAUGUGCGAUAGGGCGCAGAAUUGCAGCCGACUCCGCUCAAAUCCUCCCCACGCCAUGGCCACCGCUCCGAGCAAAUGCUUUAUCGUCACCGGCCCUCCCGGGAUUGGAAAGACGACGCUGGUGAUGAGAGUUUUGGAGAGUCUCAAGACUUCUCACCCUCACCUCAAUAUCCGGGGCUUCUACACUCGGGAAGUCAGGGAGGCCUCUGAGAGGGUUGGGUUCGAGGUCGUCACGCUGGAUGGUAGACGCGGUACCCUCGCCUCGUCCACUGUCUUAAGUGCUGAAUCUUUCAGAUGGCCUAGUGUUGGAAAAUACAAAGUAGAUGUGGCGUCAUUUGAAUCUCUGGCAUUGCCUGAGUUGCAGGUCAAAGAGGGCACAGAUCUUUUCAUUAUUGAUGAAGUGGGUAAAAUGGAGUUGUUCAGUUCUUCAUUUUUCCCUGCUGUUCUGAAAAUUCUCGAAUCCAAUAUUCCAAUUCUGGCAUCCAUUCCUAUUCCAAAGUUUGGUCGUGACAUUCCUGGAGUUGCAAGGUUGAGGAAUCAUCCCGGAGCUGCUGUGUUCACACUAAACACGGGGAACAGAGAUGCAAUCAAAGAAAAUAUCUAUAACUUCUUGGUCACCUUGUUGUCAAAGCAUUGAUACCAUUAAUUGCCCGAUGCCUGAAAUCAAACUGCUGUAUAUUUUGGAAUAUCAUGCAUCCAGUCACUUUUGUGUGAUCGUUCCUGAUAAUUAUUUGCAAUGCUAAACGUCUGAGUGAAGCAUGAUUCCCCAAGUUAACAGGCGUUAAAGGCAUGCCUUGUCUUAUGUGAUAGAGAUCCAACUGAUAUGGAUUCGCCGUAUCGGGCCAAACCGGACAGUAUGCCUCAUACAGCACUGUACCAGUUACUGUUACAGGAGGCAUGAAGCUGAAAAUUAGAUCAUAACCUUGCUUAUCUAAAAGAAACAUAAUUUAACUUGAAUUGGAGCGAAAUUGAUUCUGAAUUUGUAAAUAAGUUAGAACUGAAACAGUGGCUUGAUUUUGAUGAAUCUCUUUAUGUGGCCUUACAUGCUUUAAUUGUAUGAUACUUGUACUUAAUGCUUUGAUACAUAUUAUAAUGCAUUAAUGCUUGCUGAAACUCAUCAACAUUAGCUUCA